AUGUCGAGCCUCGCCGAUGAGCUUCUCGCUGACAUUGACGAGGCCGCCCCUGUGCCUAGUGCAGAGGGACCCGGAGAGGCAGAGCCACCAAUGUCUUCUAUGGCAGAUGAGCUCAUGCGCGACGAAGAGGCCAACGCCCCCAAUGCCUCGAGCGACAACGUGCAUCCCGAGGCGGGCGCUGAGGCCUCGUCCGCGCCCUACAGCGCAUCUCUUCAGGCCCUGAUCGCAUCUAUCGACGAGAAAGGAAAGCAGUCUUUGCCUCCCGUAGCCUCCGUGCUCGAAGGCAGCGACGAAUACGAGCUGAUCGUGCGCGCCAACAACAUGGCUGUGGAGGUCGACGAAGAGAUCCUCGUGCAGCAUAGACAUAUUCGUGAGCUGUACGCUCCCCGCUUUCCGGAGCUUGAAACGCUCGUACUCAACCCGUGGGAGUUUAUUCGCGCGGUACGUGCCCUAGGGAACGAUGCCGAGCUGCACUGCAUAGGUCUCGAAGGCCUUGUCCCAGCAGGUACGAUUGUGGUCAUUAGCAUGACGGCGUCGACGACCACCGGCCGGCCACUGCCAGCCAAUGAAUGGCGCCGCGUUGAGGAGGCCUGUGACAGGGUCCAGCAGUUGGAGGAGGCCCGCCAUCGGAUUCUCUCGUACGUCGAAUCGCGUAUGUCGCUUCUGGCGCCCAACCUCUCCGCGCUCAUCGGCACCCGUAUCGCAACGAGGCUCCUCGGUGUGGCUGGAGGCCUAGCCGCCUUUACCAAGAUCCCGUCGUGCAAUGUGCAUCUACUGGGCGCCUCGCAGAAAAUGUCAAUGGGCUUAUCGACAGCGCACGGCGACUCGACGCGUUUUUCAGGCUUUCUUGCGCAAUGCGACCUCGUGGCGCAGACGCCUGACGACUACAAGAUGCAGGCGCUCCGCAUGGUCAGUGCCAAGGCCUCACUUGCGGCACGCAUGGACAUGGGCCGCGCGAGCGGCUCGCAGCACGGCGAGUAUGGUGCCCGCCUGUAUGAGGAGAUCUCGCGUAAGAUUGAGAAGCUGCUGGAGCCGCCGCCGCAAAAACUGGUCAAGGCCCUUCCUGUACCAAAUGAGGGUGGUCGCAAGCAGCGCCGUGGUGGACGGCGAGCACGCAAGUUCCGCGAGAUGCACGGACUAACGGAACUGCACAAGAUGCAGAACCGCGUCGAGUUUGGUAAGGAAGAAGAGGAGGCGGGUGCCUUUGACGAGACUAUGGGCCUUGGGAUGGCCGGCUCCAAGGCGAGCGGCAAGGUGCGGGCCGUCAGCGCGAGUGCAACAAAGAGCCGUAUUUCGAAAGCGAACAAAGAGCGACUCGCGCGGCUGAAUCGGCCGACACUUGCCUUGCAGAGCACGGCGCCUGGCAGCUCGACGACGGCCGGCACAGCAUCUUCGCUGUCAUUCACACCUGUGCAGGGCAUUGAGCUCAUCGACCCAUCGCGGCAGAAAAAGGUGGACGAGGCCAACUCGAAGUGGUUCCGCGAGGGCCAAUUCUCGCUUGUACCCAACUCGCAACAUACCCCCACGAAUAUGCCGCCUCCGCGGCUGCCUACUCGAACACCGUAG